AUGUCGGACCAGAACAUGGAGUACUACAUCGGCUUCGACGUCGGCACGGGCUCAGCCCGAGCUUGCCUCGUCGACCGCCAAGGCACUCUCCUCGCUGAUCACUCCAUCCCCACCAAGACCCUUCGCUCGCCGACCGACCACCGGAUCUUCGAGCAGUCCACAGCGGAUAUCUGGGCCGCUCUCGCCGCAUGCUCAAAGGCAGUGCUCGCGGCAGCAGGCGUAUCAGGGGAUAAAGUCCGGGGCGUGGGAUUCGAUGCGACCUGCUCGCUGGCGGUAGUAGACCAGCAAGGGACGCCGCUGUCCAUCAGUCGGUCGGUCGAGGGCGGCAAGGAGGACGAUGCGAACUUGGGCAAGGAUGGGGAGUGGAAUGUCGUGCUCUGGGCGGAUCAUCGGGCAGAGGAGGAGGCGGAGGCUAUCAACGCAACCGAGGAGGGGGUCCUUGGGUUUGUUGGUGAAACGAUGAGUCUCGAGAUGGAAAUCCCCAAGGUGCUCUGGCUCAAGAAGCACAUGCCUGCAGACCGUUUCAAGCAGUGUCGCUUCUUCGACCUCCCCGACUAUCUUACCUAUCGUGCAACCUCAUCCCCUGCCCGAUCUACCUGCUCUCUCGCCUGUAAAUGCUCCUACGUCCCGCCAGGAACGACCAUGAAGAUCAAGUGCGAAGGCGGGCGGGAGGAGAUCAGCACUGACGGCUGGUCCGCGCGAUUCUUUGAGAAGAUAGGUCUCGGCGAAAUGGUUGGCGAAAUGUUCGAGGCUCUCGGUGGUGUUCCCGGGAAGAAUGGGCUGGUGCUCACCGCGGGUCAGCCGGUCGGGUCUGGUCUGAACAAGGCUGCAGCGGCGGACUUUGGGCUGAGCGAGGGUACGGCAGUGGGGAGCGGGGUCAUUGAUGCGUACGCAGGAUGGAUCGGUACUGUGGCUGCAGCUUCCAAGACCGCAGAUGGGAAAGUCGGUAACAAGCCUGGACUGGAAGAAGGCGUGCACCGCCUGGCGGCUAUUGCUGGUACCAGUACCUGCCACAUUGCGCAAAGCGACGAGGGGAUCCUUGUUCCCGGUGUAUGGGGUCCAUACCGAGAUGCCAUCUUCCCUUCGUUGUGGAUGAACGAAGGCGGCCAAUCCUCAACGGGUCAACUUAUCGACUUUAUGGUGACUACCCACCCGGCGUAUGGGAAGCUACAGGCGCUCGUACAGGAGACAGGGAAGAAUAUGUUUGAGAUACUCGGAGAGAGAUUGGAGAGUAUGCGCGAGGAGAAGGGCGUGGCUACUACCACGCAUCUGACAAUGGAUCUGCACUUCUAUCCCGACCUGCACGGGAACAGAUCCCCGCUCGCUGAUCCGCGGAUGAAGGGGAUGAUCACCGGUCUGACACUGGAUGAUUCGCUGAAUGACCUCGCGAGGAAGUUCAACGUCACGCUGGAGGCUAUCGCUUUGCAGACUAGGCAUAUCGUUGACGAGAUGAACUCGAGGGGACAUCAGAUCAACUCGAUCUACAUGUCUGGCUCGCAAGCCAAGAAUGCCCCGCUUAUGGGUCUCCUAGCGACCGUCCUCCAAAUGCCCAUCCUCAUCCCACCCCAACCGUCCUCCGCCGUCGUCCUUGGCGCCGCCAUGCUCGGGCGGUUCGCGCACGACCUCACCACCUCUCGCCAUGGCACGCCCAUCUCCACCCAGGCCGACGCAGAAGAAGAGAAGAAGACCAAAGGUGGCGGAUUGUGGGACGUCAUGUCUGAGAUGACUGCGCCCGCUGUGGCCAUCCAACCCCGAACGGGCGAUGCGGGGGAGAAGGAGCGUAAGUUGUUGGAUGUCAAGUAUAAGAUCUUCAGGGAGGCGGUGGAGAUUCAGCGGAGGUGGAGGGCGAUGAUUGCCGAGGUGGCGUAG